AUGUUCGGGACACGGGACCGAGAGUCGCCGGCCGAAAGGCGCAAGAGGGAGAAGGAGGAGCUGCGGGGGCGGACGCUGCAGCUGCUGCACCUCAUUGAGGACCACCUGACCCAGGCCCACCCCAUGCGACGCCGACACACGCGACGAAAGGCCGACGGCACCGUCGCCGUCACCGUUCUCCGGGAGAGCAGCGCGGGCCGCGGCGGCAGCGGCAUCGGCGGCAGUGGCAGCGGCAUCGGCGCCAGGACCAGGACGACCGACCACGACGACAAGGGAAAGGAGAAGAUGAUGGUGAGCCGGAGCGGAAGCAACAUCUCGGAGCGGACUGACGACGACGCCCUCUCGGCGAGCCUGGAGCCGAUGAUGCAAAGCGGCAGCACAGAGACGGUCAACACCAACACCAACACUAACAGGACGACGACCGCAGUAUGCCAUGUGGGCGAGAUGGUCGAGUGCGUGGAACAGCUCAAUCUUCUGUGGGACCGCGUGGUGGUCUUCGGCGGCAAGGAGGAGAUUCAGGAGACCUUCCUCUCCCUCCCCGUCAUCGAGAUCCUUCUCCGCCUCCUCAAGCGACAUCCCCAAUCCGCGGCGUUGCACGCACGAUGCGCGCAGUUCUUGACCCCGCUGGUCACCGAGAACAUGGACGCCAAGAUCCGGGUCGAGCGGGCCAAGGGCGUGCGCGUGUUCGGGCUGGCCUACCAGCAGUUCGGCCCCUGGGCGCGAAGCCCGCCCAAGGCCCAGCAGCCGGUGCUGGGCCUGGAGAGCGGCGGCCAGACGGCGAUUCUGGCCGAGGGCCUGGUGCACGCGGUGGCCGACGCGGCCGCCGGCGGCGGCCACCCACAGUGGGCGGCCACGAGCAACGAGAUCGAGAAGGCCACGGCUGAGUCGGAGACCAAGAACGCGGCCGACGUGCGCGAGAUCCGCCUCAUGCUCGAGAAGCACUCCGCGUUCGACACUAUCGUCAACCUCUUCUUCGCGCUCACCAAGUCCAUCGCCACCUGCGCGUCCCAGUACCCCGACGAGGAGAAAUACCUGCAGAGUCUCAAGCAGAAGGUGAACAAGGUGAUCUACCGGCCGCAGCUGGUCGAACGGCGCCUGCUGUUCCUCGUGCGGCACAUCCUGGGCUACAACCUGCUGUGGGGCGGCCUCAAGGACGAGUACGACAAGAUGCGCAAGGAGUUCUCCUACCUCCACCUCGUGUCCCUCCCCACGGGCCACAUCGAGCCGACCACCGCCGACGCCGCCGCUGCUCUGCCGCUUCUCGUCGACCACCACCACCACGCGCCGACGUCGGCGGAGAUGGGCCACGGCGGCCCCGACUUGACCGGCGACGACGACAUGUCGGCCGCGACGCUGUCGUCGUCGGGCACCGGGAUCCGCAGCGGGAGCGGCAUCGGAUCGUCUGCCAGUGGGCUCAAGGACAGUCAAGGCCGUCCGCUCAAGCGCGAGCAGACCGAGCUCGAGAAGAAGCACAGACUCAUCCAACGCAAAACGAGGGAGAUGGUGCGAGCGGAGAUCCGCGAGCAGAAACUGGAGCAGGUGCUGUGUCACGUACAGCUCAUGGAGGUCAAGAUCGACAAGCUCCCGCCCGACGUCGACAAGGACGGCUUUCCCGUACGCGCCCGGAACCCCUUCGUCGUCAUCCAGCAGUGGCGAUGGCGGGAAGCUCCCGGACGAAGCCAGCCGGCGUUGUGGAAGAGCACGAUUGAGAGAGAGAACCAGUCGCCCGUGUGGGACCUGCGGCCGCUGGGCAGCAAGGAGAGCGGCUACGUGCUCACCCCGCGCCAGGGCACCGGCCACAAGGUGCGCCGCGCGCUGUCGGGCUUCGUCUACCGCCGCAACCCGGUGGCCAAGGCCAUCUCCCACUUCCAGCUGUGGAAGAAGAAGCGAAAGGCCACCCGGAAGAAGAAGAAGGCCGAGGCCUUCACCACCGUGCGCGCCGUAGGCGUGGCCGCCGACGACAAGCGCACACUGAGCGCCAGCGGCGGCCACAAGCGCAAGACCCAAAAGCAAUACAAGCACAAGCACAAGCACCACGACGGAGAGUGCGACGACGAGCACCACCAUCACAACCCCAAGCUGCCCACGCGGGUCAAGCACUACGUCAAGGAGCACCACCAGAAGCACGCCGAGGAGCCGCGCGACCCGGCUAUCACCACCGUGGUGACCGAGAUGCACAACCGGUUCCGCGCGCGCUUCUUCCCGCCGCUCAAGGUGUCGGUCUACGACUGGGUGGCGGUCGACCACCAGGAGUUCCUCGGGCGGGUCGAGAUCGACCCCGCCGUGGUCUACCUGCUCGAGCAGGAGGUGAUCGCCGGCCGCAAGCGCGCGAUGGCUUCGGGCGUGACGACCGAGGGCCUGGCGCGGGCCAACGCCGCGGACGUGGCGCGCGAGAACGCGCGCCUGUGCAACCGAGGCCGGCGGGGGAGCUUCCUGCGCGAGAUGAUCGACACCGACAUGGAGAGCGACGAGGACGAGGAGCGCGAGCUGGAGGAGCUCGACUUUGAGGACGGCGACAACGACGACGACGAAGUGAGCAAGAGAAAAGCGAAGGAGGAAAAGAACGAAGAUGACGAAAAGAACGAAGACCACGAAAAGAGAGAAAAGAAAGAAGGCUCGCCGGCUCGAGGCGACGAGGAGGUGGUCAAGGUCGAAGAGGAGGAGAAGGAGGAGGCCAAGGAGGAGGACAUGAACGAGAAGGCAGAGGAAAAGGAGGAGGAGAGGAACAGGGAGGAGAGGGACAGAGACGAGGACCAGGCCCAGCGGCGGAACGAGAGAGCGAGGCUGCAGAUGCGCGCCAACAUCCGGCGUGCGGCUGGCUCGCCCGAGGAGCUCGAGCGACUCAACCCCGCCUCCACCGACGCCGACGCAUCAAGCGAACCGCGCGGCCGCACUGGCGACCACCAGGACCACCCCAACCAGAAGCAACCGCAGCCGCAGCCGCAGCCGCCACAACAACAGAAGCAGCAGGCGCCGGCCGCAGCCAACGACGAGAACGCGCACGCGGCGGAGGGGAAGGAGGCGCGCAAGCGAGAGCGCCAGGAGAUGGAGCGCGAGAAGCGGGAACGCAAGGAGACGGAGAAGCGCGAGCGCGAACAGAGGAAGAAAGAGGAGCACGACAGGAAGAAGCGCGAUGAGGAGGUCAAGCGGCGCACGCGGAAGAUGAGCAAGGCGGGCCUGCAGGUGGAGGACGCGACGAUCGCGAAGGAGGAGGAGCAGCGCGGGAUCACAGUGGUGAUGCCGCUGUACCCCGGCGAGGAGGAGCGCAACACGCCCGGCCUGGAGCGGCGCCACGCGGGGCUCUGCGGCCACAUCGCCAUCACCCUCACCGUCACCCCGCCCCACUGGGCCGCCAACUGUUCCACCAUCUCCGAGCAGCCCCUCCCCAAAUCAUGA